AUGUACACUUUAAUCAGUGGUUUUUACAGAUACCUCGUCCAAAAGGACGAGUACUUUGUUGUAAUAUUAGGACUCGAUAACGCUGGAAAAACUACAUACUUGGAAGCAGCAAAAACAAAGUUGACGAAAAAUUAUAAGGGCAUGAAUUUACGCAAAAUAACUACGACUGUAGGUUUAAACAUUGGAAAAAUUGACACUGGGGGCGUGAGACUUAAUUUUUGGGAUCUUGGAGGCCAAGAAGAAUUACAAUCCCUGUGGGAUAAGUAUUAUGCUGAAUCACAUGCCGUUAUAUACAUUGUUGAUUCCUCUGAUAGAGAUAGGAUACCACUUUCUAAAGAAGUCUUUGAUAAAGUGAUAUCGUCAGAACAUCUCCAAGGAGUUCCGUUGUUAGUAUUGGCAAAUAAACAAGAUAUUCCUGAUUGCAUGGGAGUCAGAGAAGUGAAGCCUAUUUUUAAUCAGAAUGCACAUUUAAUUGGAAGGAGAGAUUGCAUGGUCAUGCCUGUAUCUGCUCUGACUGGAGAAGGAGUUGAUGAAGGUAUACGUUGGCUAGUCGAUUGUAUCAAAAGGAAUAGUGAAAUAAGGCCACCUAGAAAUCAAGACAAUAAUUCCCUCACAUAGUAUCAUUCCAUUCAUAUUUCAUAUCGCCCUUUAAACGUAAAUAUUUAUGCUUACACACGUAUAUAUAUCUUUAAUAAAUAUUAUUUUGUUUUUUAAUCAAGGAUCAAUUAAAACUAUUGUUUUCUACACGAUCAUGAUACAGUUUUUUGAAUAAUUUCAAGCAAAAACCGCUUGACUA